UUUCUCUCCAGUCAAAUUCGGAAAACUCCACCCUUCCUCUCGCCAGCGAUGCCUGAAGGCCACAAGAACAAAGCUUCACGCCGUGCCUCCCGCAAAAGGUCUCUAUCUCCUCUGAAUGAAUCGUUGCCUGAAAAGAAGCAGAAGAGUACCCACCAUGAACUUGACUCCCAGCCCUUCACACAUCUUGUGUCCAUGACUAUGGCUAUUCAAACGGAGAUCAUAGGGGUUCGUCAAGAGAUGAAGGAAAAUAAUGAAAAGGUUCAGAAAGCUUUAGAGAAACUUCAAAGCACUCAAGGCCGCCAGACGAACCUGAUGGAGAACACACGGGUAGAUGUCGGCAGCAUCCAAAACAAUAUCAAAUAUGGAGCAGGCCAGCCGCUACCCUCAAGCGCACCUGACUAUGCUGACCCUCCACGUACACCAUACUCUGCGCGUUCGCAACGCCCAAUGAAGAGCUAUCAAUCGCUCUUGCCACCGCCGCAGGAUCGGCACCGCUCGCCGCCCAUUCCGCCCGUCCAGCCGCCGCCGUCCAUCCCGCCAAGUCACACUACAUUCAACUGGCCCAGCAGUAUUGCAUCUAAGGGUGAAAGACGUUGCUAUGACAAAGAGAUACAUUCCUAUAAACAAUCAUUCUACCAACCCAGCCCCGAACGACGCACACGUUGA